AUGCUGAUGACUAGCAGGAGAUCUCUGCGUGGAGUGGUGCAGUGUGAAGUUGAAUGCCACUUUCACAAUUAUACAGAUUGCGCAAUUGCCAACGCGUUCUCUGCCCUUGAAGCGGGCGCUCGCAUGCUUACCAUAAACCGCGAGUACGAUCUGACUAAGCUCAAGCGUGUUAGGGAUCUGGUAACUUCUGCGAUUGAACUCAACGUUCCCUUCAAUAAUCCUGUCAAGAGCUCCUGUGCCUUCACCCACGAGGCUGGCAUCCACGCCAAGGCCAUCCUCGCAAACCCUGCAACGUACGAGAUCAUCAAUCCCAGACUUCGAUGUGCAGCGCAACGUGCACUUAGCGAGCGGAUCGACGGGCUGGAAUGUGAUCAAAUCACGAUCUCAGUACCGUGA